AUGUGGGUGGUUCUGGACUUGCUGCCCCGGUCGAACUUCCAGCCGGUCCUGAUCGUGAAAGCCUGGAUCUUCGUCUUGGCGUGGUACUGCUUCCUGUCAGAGGACAGCCGUAAUGGCUACAUCUGGUAUCCCACCUUCAAGCGUGCAAACGCGCUGCAGUACAUCGCCAUGUGCGACUGCAGCGGAGCGGCGGUACUGGAGAUCCUGAACCUCUUCCACGGCCUGGGCCAGAGGCGCCUCCGCUCCUUCUGCGCCGCCUGCGUCGGGAAGGGUGGCCGUGUCCAGAAAAAUCUGGUUCGCUGGCUGAUUCGGCGAUUGUUCACCCUCGUGGUCGCCACCUGUGGCGCCGUGACGGUCUUCACCUACAGGCACAUCGAGGACAUCGACCUCAACAAGACCACGGAGGAUAUCAAGGAGCUGACGCAUGGUUAUUCAGAGGAGCAGCGCCAGGCGCUCACAGCCGCGGCUCUCGUCAUCCUCGUGCGCUUCAUUGCUUUCGCGCUGGUGACCAGGCCCUACGCGAUUCCCUUCAUUGACGGCCGGCCGCAGAAGAAAGCCACGGCGACUACUCCGCAGGCCCUCCGCCCGCUGAACGCAUCGGCGCCCCUGCUCCGCAGUGCAAUCAACUCAGAGAUGUCUGGGGCACGGAGGAGUAUGGAAAGAGAUGCAGAGGAGCAGGGUGCUGCAGUACAGGAUCAGGACAGCGCCGGAUUGAAGCAAGAAGAGGUCCGGUUGCUGCGGGAGUUUGCCUGGAUCGUGAUGCUUCUUGCCUGCUUCCUCUUCGAGAUGCGAUUUAUCGUGCCGCUGAUCGCUGACUUCGAGUUCGAUGCCUUCUGUGGAGACACCUGCGCCUUACGCAGAACGAAGUACUUCACCUUCGUUUCCAGUGACUGCUACUCCUGCAUUGGUGGCCUCGGAUUGGUCUGGAGCCUCGUGAUCCUCACGGCGUUCUUCGACAUCUACUACAUCUUCUAUGCCGGGACGGCGGUGUUCGGCUAUGGCAUGGGUGAAUGGCGUGGCUUGCGAAAUGUCCUCUCGACGGCUUUGCGCCAUCUGGACCUGGACUCUGGCACCACGGGCCGUGUUCCGGAAGUGGCCACGCCGCGGCGGCACGCGCAUCGCCUUCGGCUGACAGACGGUGAAGCCAUGCAGCAGGUCUUCGGCGUUUCCUGGCGCAUGGUGUGGGCCUCAGAUUUCCGAGGGCUUCCGCAAAGCUGUAAAGAUUCUACUCGUGACAAGAACAAAGCCCUUUACAGUUAG